CAAUGGCACCAAAGGACAAGUACACCGAUCCCAAACUCCGCGACGAAAUCAAAGAGGAAAUCCACAACGGCGACAAGGGCGGAAAACCAGGACAAUGGUCUGCACGCAAGGCCCAAAUGAUGGCCUCGGAAUACAAAAAGCGCGGGGGCGACUACACAACCUCCAAAGAAGAGGGCCAGUCCGAGUCCCAGAAACACCUCAACGAGUGGACGAAAGAAGAAUGGCAAACGAAGGAGGGAUCGGGGACUGCCAAACAGGACGAUGAGAAUGGGACGCGCAAGCGGUAUCUGCCGAAGAAGGCGUGGGAGGAGAUGAGUGAGGGGGAGAAGGAGGAGACGGAGGAGAAGAAGGUUGAAGGGUCGAAGGAGGGGAAGCAGUUUGUUGGGAAUACGGGGAAGGCGAAGGAUGCGAGGAGGAAGGCUAGUGGUGAUAAGGAAGAGGAAGAGGAGGAGGGGGAUGGAGAUGAGGAUGAAGGCGAUGAGGAGAAGAAGGGUACAAAGGGCAACAAGAAUCAGGGAAAUAAGGCGAAGGAGGCCAAGGAGAAUGGGAAGAAAGGUCCCAAGACUCGAAGUGCAAGCAAGGAGGAGGAGGAGGAGGAGGAGGAGGAUCAGUCUGAUGAGGGCACUGACGAAGGAGAGGGAGAAGAGAAGAAGAGUGCUGGAACGAAGCGUACUGCGAAGCAGUCCGGUGGUUCGAAUAAGAAACAGAAGGAGAAUGGAAAGGGUGGUAAUUCGAAGAAGAGUGAGAAGAAUGAAGAGACGGACAAAGAUGAUGGAGACGGAGAAGACGAUCAAAAUAAGGAUGAGAAUGAGGAGGAGUAUGUGGAAGACGAGGAAGUCAAUGAGGAAGAUCUGGAAGAGGAAGAGCGCCGCAGUGAAGCGCAAGAGUGAGGACUCUGUGCUUGGACACUGUGUAUAUUAUCUUAGUAUAUAAGAAUACGUGCAGUCAUAGUCAUAUUGACCUAUCUUUUUGCCUUUGAGCACACCGAGACUGUUUUAAAGCUAUAUGCAUGGCAUCCAGCGACUGCACAGUGCAGCAUACCCAUCAUCAUAAACCAUCACACAUCAACUCAUGAUUACCCUGUCUUGGCCUCCACGUCGGUCCGCUCCCCACGGCCCUCAUACUGACUCUGAGGCAACAUAUUAAGCUUAUCCUCCUCCUUAUCCAACUUGUAGUUACUCAACCAGAAGCCCACGCAGCCCACAAAUGCCAAAAUAGCUACAAUAGCAUAAUUCCACACAAGCAGCGGAUCCGCAGAAAGACCCACCAACGCCUGUCCGAUAGCCGCAGAGAUGGCAUUCAUAAACAGCGCCACGGCCUGCACGAGCGAUCGCAUGUUCCGAGGGGCCUUGGUGUAGGCAUACUCGAGCGAGGUCACGGAUGCAAGAAUCUCGGAGAUACCGCCCAGAACGUAGGUCAGGACUUGCACCCAGACGGAGAUCGGGCUGUGUUUGCCUUCUUCUUCAAGACAGCGGUUGGCGUCUUUGCCGCAGGGUCCGAGCUUGUAGAUGUAGUACUGAGUGACGGUGGCGACGAUCAUGCCGGAGCCUGCGACGGCGAAACCAGCAGUGAUACGCUUUAGUGGGGUGAAGUUGAAUCCCAUACGGCGCAGACCGGGGUAAACGAGGCGGUCAAAGAUGGGGAUGAAAAUAAUCAGAGCAAAGGGGUUGAAGUUGUUAAUGACGUCGUUGGGAACACCGUUGAGUUCCAUGGUCGCGGCUUGGGAGGUGAGGUUGUUAAGCAUCUGGUUAUAAGCCAGCC